CACACAUUGAUUUGAACUAGGGUAGUAGAGAGUGGCUGAGAAGGGCAAUAAUUAAAAACUGGACCAGGGUGGUGCAGAGGACCAACAUGACCUUGUCGGUUGUUCUGCAAGACAAAUUCUUGUCAUCACUCAUAAUUCUCAGUGCAAAACAACCGCUCCCCUAAACCUAGCUAUCUACUCCCUUGUUCCUUUUGGUUUAUAUGGUGCUGGAUGGCUGGUAGGAAGCAAACAACCCUUCCUUCUAGACCCUCUUCCCACCACAUAUUACUAACAGUACCUUUUCAUUUCCCAACCCCACUUUCUCAUUCUUAAUCAAUGUUAGUAAGUCCUUACCAGAAUACCAGGUGUUGUUGGCAUGCAAUUAAGCUAGCUUUCUACUCUUUACAUAUCAGUCUCUAUUUCCUAUUCUAGCAGCUGAGGAGUGCUAUAUAAACAGUCUUAUGCCUGUGAGAAUAAGAUUUGAUUAGUGAAAAUUUUGUUAGUGGGAUUAGCAUCCAGAGUGUCAAUAUCAGAAUAAAACCAAAUUAAGAAAACAAACAAUUGUGGGCGUGCUUGAUACUACUACUAAUUACCUCUUUGAUUGGGCCUGUUCUUUGAUUAGAUGGGGAUAAAUCAGAAUUAGGGUUCAGCAAGAUCCACAACAACCACAAGCAAAACCAAAGAAGAAAAUCACAAAGCUCUUGAUAUGGUUUAAGGAAUAUUAUGCAUAAUUGGAUCUUGAACAGUUUCAGUGAAAGGAUUUGAUGGAAGCAGUGAGAGGACAAGGUAGUAAGGACAUAGAAAUUAUGUCAACAGCAACAACAACCACUUUAGGUUACAAUCUUCCCAUCAGAAAUUCUUCAUCUUCUUCUUCCAAGCUUUCUUCUCCAACUGCAGGACACAGAACAAGUACUGAUCAACCUGCUCCAGUACCAGUACCUCAUACCAACAACAACACAUUAAUCUUCAAUGAUUCAGCUCAACCUUCACACCACCACCACCAUCUUUCUGCACCACCACUACCUCAAACUCAAAACCACCACCAUCAAUCUCAGAGACCCACCACUACAGAUCCAGAUCUAACCCCAUCAUCUUCCCCUCUAGCCACAACAAGAAUCACAGCACCACCACCACCACCACCAACACCGUUGGUCAGAUACCGAGAAUGUCUGAGAAACCACGCGGCGAGCAUGGGGAGCCACGUGGUGGACGGUUGCGGCGAGUUCAUGCCAAGUGGAGAAGAAGGCACCGAAGCACUCAAAUGCGCCGCUUGCGAGUGCCACCGCAAUUUCCACCGGAAAGAGGUUGAAGGUGAACAGCAAGUCCCCAAUCCCAGUUUCCACUCCUAUUACAAGCACAGCAACGGCCACCUUCAGCUUCCUGCACCACAACCGCUGCCACCGCCACAAAACUCUUCUCUUAGAUUUUCCCACGCGGCGGCGGGUACUACUCCUACGGCGGGUCCGGUUCCAGUUCCGCCGUUGAUGAUGGCUUUCGGAGGCGCUGCCGCGGAGUCGUCGAGCGAAGAUCUGAACAUGUUCCAGCGUAACGCGGGAGCACAGGAGGCGGCGGCGCUAUCGAGGAAGAGGCAUAGGACGAAAUUCUCGAGCCAGCAGAAGGAUAGGAUGAUGGAGUUUGCUGAGAAGAUUGGGUGGAGGAUCCAGAAACAGGAUGAGGAAGAGGUGCAGCAGUUUUGUUCUCAAGUGGGUGUGAGGAGAAAGGUUUUCAAGGUUUGGAUGCAUAAUAACAAGCAAGCAAUGAAGAAAUUACACCAAAUGUAAGAGUUUUGUUGUACUAUUUUCUCUUCAUUUUUUUCCAGGACUUGUCACUACUGUGUUUGUUUGAAAAGCAAUAAGGGAAAGAGGCAACAGAUUUUGAAUGAAUAAUAAGUAGAUUAGGAUGUGCAUAAUCAAACAGAGGAAGAUAGAUAGCUGGCUAGAGAUAUAUUAAUUGUAACAGCUAUAACAUUCCAUCAUGUUACUCAUUUUCUCAUUUGUAUGUUCUUCUUCAAUUAACAUAUUUGAUCAUUAUUCAAUUUCAAUCUA